CGGGGCUCGGCCGGGGCCGCAGCGAUGGCUGGCAGCGAGCCGCCGAGCCGGGAGCGCGUCCUCUGCCUCUUCGACGUGGAUGGGACCCUCACGCCGGCUCGCCAGAUGACUGUGUGCUGCUGGGCUUGGGAAGAUGACAGCACCCAUUCGUAUCGCCGUGGGACUAGGCCUCACAUGCUGCCAGGGCUGAGCUGAACGCUGCAGAAGCAAAGAAGAGAAGUGUGGGUUGAUGGGAUGCUGCCUGCAGCUCCAUGUGUGAGCAGCUCCCACAUCCCCCUCACAGAAGCCGCUGUGAGAGCAGAGAGAAGAAAAUUGAGCCCGAAGUGGACAAGUUCCUUCAGGAGCUGCGUGAAAGAGUCCAGAUCGGCGUGGUGGGAGGCUCUGACUACUCCAAGAUAGCUGAGCAGCUGGGGGAAGGGGAUGAAGUCAUCGACAAGUUUGAUUACGUCUUUGCGGAAAAUGGGACUGUGCAGUACAAGAAUGGGCAGCUGCUCGCCAAACAGGCUAUUCAGAAUCACCUGGGGGAGGAGCUUUUGCAGGAGCUGAUCAACUUCUGUCUCAACUACAUGGCCCUCCUGAAGCUGCCCAAGAAACGCGGGACUUUCAUAGAAUUCCGCAACGGAAUGCUGAACAUCUCUCCCAUUGGCCGAAGCUGCACCCUGGAGGAGCGAAUAGAAUUCUCCGAGCUGGACAAGAAAGAGAGGAUCCGAGAGAAGUUUGUGGCAGCCCUGCAGAGGGAGUUUGCUGGCAAAGGCCUACGGUUCUCUCGAGGUGGUAUGAUCAGCUUUGAUGUCUUCCCUGAGGGCUGGGACAAGCGCUACUGCCUCGACAUCCUCAACGACGAGCAGUUCGACACCAUCCACUUCUUCGGGAACGAGACAACCCCGGGAGGGAAUGAUUAUGAAAUUUAUGAUGACCCCCGGACAGUGGGCCACAGUAUCCAGUCUCCCCAGGACACAGUCAGGAGGUGCCGGGAGAUCUUUUUUCCUGAGAGAGCUAAUGAAUCAUGACUCUGAUACCCCUUCUCCAGCAACCCACCUCCCAAGAUCCCACAUCAUGAAAACCACCUUCAUUUGAGGACUCUGCACAGGGCCCUUUGAAGAAAGCUUUCCAGAGCUGGUUGUGAGGGAAGGAUUUAAACUGAGGUGGUGGAGGGGCGAUAGGGAUGGGGGUUAUUAACCUUCCACUACCCCAACUUACAGGUGGGCUGUGUGGGACCAGACUCCUCCCUGACACCAAACACUCUCUUCCUUUUCAGUUCUUGGUGGGAGAUGGUUCCCUGCUCUGUUGAUAUGAGGCAUUUGUAGGGGCCAGUCACUACAGUCUCUCUCUCUCUCUCUCUAAACGUAUUUGCACAAGGGAUGCACUCCUCAUCAGUUAGCACCUUUAACUAGGAAGCAGAGACUGGGACCCCAAUAUGUCAGGUGUUCUCAGACGGCUUCACACAGUGGACCAAUCCUUAAAGGUGACCUGCAGAGGGUUUUAAAAAAUGAUCAGGGCUGUAACCCCAUGCUCUGGGUGGCCCUAGCCUCUUAUUGCCAGAAGGUGGGAGUGGGUGACAGGGGAUGGAUCACUCGAUUACCUGUUCUGUUCAUUCCCUCUGAAACAUCUGGUACUGGCCACUGUUGGAAGACAUAAUGGGCUAGAUGGACCAUUGGUCUGACCCAUUAUGGCUCUUCUUAUGAGCUUGUGCCCUUUCCAGCUUGGUGAGGUAUAUAAAGAAGGACAUUAUUUCUUUAGUGUUCAUAUAUAUAGAAAAAGGAUGCACUGGGUUUUUGUUUACACUAGAAACAUCAGGAAUGUUGUGGCUGAUCUCUGAUUUUGCUGGAGGACUUCUGGGAGAUCUCUGGGGGUUUAUUCUGCCUUUAGCGCCUCAAUUGAAGAGGUUGGGAAGUGGAAACUUUAACAAAGACACACUCUUUUAACCAAGAGUUAAUUAGGCAUUGGAGUUGGGUGGGUAUUAAGUUUAAGAAAGAAACCUCUGGCAGUUUCAGCAGUCUGACUGUUAUGCCCUUUUCUCCCUCAAUUGCUCAAGUCUUCCUGUCUGGAGAAGCUGUGACGUGAUGACAUCACCAGACACCCUUGGGACUGCCAGCCUAGACAAGAGCUGGAUUUCUAGUUCAAAAAAACCCACUCUUUACAAAAACCAACCCAACCCUUUCAAGCCUUCUUUACCCAGCUGGAAACAAAGCACAGAACAGCUCUAAUUUGCCCCCUCCCCUUUUGCCAGUCACCUUUAAGGAGGCAGGUGCCCAUCUGCCUAGGGCUCCUCAGGCCAUGCUGCUAGUUCUUUUCUUUCCGUUCUUUCUCUCCUGCUCUUUUUGACUUCUGUUUUUCCUUCUCUCUUUAGAUUUUCAUUUUGAUUGCUGCUCUCUCUUGCCCCUGUAAACCAGAGUGGCUCUUUGCCUCUUCGUAGCGGCAAGACCACACAUAGAGGUUUGUCUCUUCCUGCUACUUAGCUAACAGAGCAGGCUCCCAAUUUCCAGGUCUCAGCUCAGGCGGCAGGGGUGGGCUCAUCCUUUUAGAGCCCAAGUUGUCUGUGGAUUGAACAUACAGAUUCAGCUAGGGGGUCACUUGUUGUGUGGUUCUGCUACUCUCAGCAGCAGGCUCCGGGCAGCCUGCUUUUCAGAGAGGCUGAGCACCUUGUGACACCAGUUUGAAAUCAGUGGGAUCCCUGGGUGCUCAGCCACCCUGAAAAUGGGGCCUUUGCUUCUUUGGGAAUGGAAUGUCUGUUGGUGACCCUGUGGGACUGAGCUCAGCGUUUGAGGAAGGGAGCUGGGAGAACUUGCUGGAGGCUGCUGCUCUGUGCGUGGUGACUGUUCCUGGGGAUAGGUGCAGUGGGAGCAGAGAUGCAAAGUGGGUGACUUUACAGGAACCAGCUGCUGCUUUCCCCAUUUAGGAGCUUAUCUGUGCCAUCUGUACAGGGUUACACACCUUCCCCACCCCGUUGUGCUUUGCCCUGCACCCACUUGGGACUCGCCUGGGGUCACCUUCCCAGGGGACCUCUACUGCAAGGUGGGCAAUGCUGGCUUCCCUACUCAGCUGGGAACCCAAAGGGCCUUUCCUCAGCAGUGCUAAGCUUCACAUGGAGUUGUGGGCGCCUGGCCUUGCUGAAAACCAGGCCAAUAGCGGCUUGCCCUGGGCUCCCGCUAAUGCACAGUUCAGCACCUGCUGCCUGAAUAACGCUUCCUUGUGGUAGCAGAUGCACCUCCAUGAAUCACAGUUUCAGAACCACUGUAGUAGGUGAUGCCAUGCCAGCCCUGGGCUACCGUUAGGCCUCCUCUCUGUUGGAGCCCAAACCAUAUUAGGGGCCAGUUCAGCAUGUGGUGGGCUUCCCCCCAUGCCAGUCUGCAGCGAUGGGGAGUCCAUUACACCUCUCAGCCACAGCACCAGGCUUUUCAGCUCUGCCUGUAAAUGCUUGUGGAUUUGCUCUGGAGGCCCCUCCUCCAAACCGCACGGUUGGCCAAUGCUGGGGCUGUCGCAGCCCUGCUUUUGGGGCUGUGUAAAGUGGAGAGGCUGGGCUGGCUUUAAGCAGCCAGCCUGGCUGGGGUAGAGCAGGGCCCACUCUGCUACCAUCCUUGGCAAAAGCAAAGAUUGAGCCAAACCUCCAGUUCUAGCCUUUCCCUGCCCACAGGCCUCCACUUGGCCUGGCAGCGACAGCAGCAGUGGUGAGGCAGCACCAUGGGGGGAAGGGGCUUUGCUGUGCCGAGGGGCUGAGCGCAUGGUGUGCACCUGCCCAGUGCCUCGGAGCAGCAGGCCCCGGGUCACUUUGCUUGGCGGCCUCCCAUUAGUGCUGGCCUUGCUCUACUGCACUGAUGUGGGCAAGGGCCCAAAUGCAAGUGUGGAGGGAAGGGGCAGGACUGGGCUCCUUGGCAGUGGUUAGGAUGGGUGAGAGCCUGUGCCCUGCCUGAGCAGCAGCUUACAGGAGAGGAAGAGCCUCUGUUUGACCACACCCCAUGGGUAUGUUCCUAGGAAGCGCUUGUGUGCACCCCCUGUGCCUAGAGCCCUGUAGUCACUCGUCCUGCCCCCUGGAAAUCCUCACCAGGUGCUAGUUGUCAGACCCCUCCCAGAGGGCUAGAGGAGGGUCUGCACAGCCCAGGGCACAUAGCAGCUGAGAGGGCCACUCUGCCAGCAUGAGGAGGAGCCAAGAAGGGGAAUCUACCCAUCUGAGUCCUGACCACCCUACCCUGGUGUGGCUUGUAUCAGCACACAAGCGUGAGGAGCACCCCAUCCCAGCUGUCUCACCACUGCCUGAGCAGGGAGUGCACUGGGGGCCAUGCUGUUAUGUGAGAGGGAAGAUGGGAAUAAGUGUUGGUCUAGAAUUUAGCAUCUCUGGUUUUUUUUCCAUUUCUGUUUCCUAACUCUGUAUUUGUAACCCCACUGGGUUGAUCUCACUGUGACAGGUGGAGAGGGCAUGAAGAGGGAGCUCUCCCUUCUCACAACAACAGGAGACAGAGCAUUCAGUAGCCCAUGGAGGGCUACAAAACAGGGAGUUACGCCUCCUUCGUGUUAUACCUCUGAGUAGCCACGAGGUGGCUGGACCUAUGAGCACUCCCCUCUGCCUUCCCCCCUGCCAUGGGGUGCAGGAGGACUUGCCUUGUACUGUCCACAGCUGAUAUCUACCAUGAUGAAGCAGGAAUGUGUGUCUCAGAGUUAUUGCUGUGUGUGUUUGAACAUGGAUGGAUGUGUCAGUGACCAAGGAGACAGGUGGCUCUGGUCACAUCUACAAUAGAGCCAGGCAGCUCCUGUACAAUUGAUCUCAAGUGUUUAAAAUAAAUUUAUUUAAACAAACAUUAAAAUAUUAAA